AAUUCAUAAACAUUCGCUAUUCGAAUAUAUCAUUUCAAACGUGAUUAGCAACAUUUUCAAGUAGGAUCGAUCAAUCAAGUGCACCAAAAUCCGCAGCGAUUACAUUAGCUAGCAAGUAUAACCCUACAGAGUAUAGAAUUUUACGCAAAAUUGCACCUGAAGAUGUUUAGAAGUGUUGCUCUUUUUGCUCUGACUUUACUAGUCAAAGAGUCCCAGCAAGCGUGUAGCUCAACCGCAGCUUUAACUACCUGCACAUGGGACACCUUCAAGUCCACCAAAACCCUACAACUGGCCAACUAUAAGCCCCACCUGACUGUCUCUAAAGGUAACCUGGAGAGGCUCCCAAACGGAGCCUUCAAAUUAGUGCCGGAAGUUACCACUCUUCAAUUGAGCGGCAACAAGAUCAGCAGUUUAGAAGAACAGGCGCUUGAGGGCCUGGAAGACCUCAAGCAACUGAAUCUCUACGAUAACCAAUUGACCAGCAUUAAGCACAACAGCUUGAAGCAUUGCAAAAGCUUGGAAAGGCUGGAUUUGGGCAUGAACCAAAUUGCGUCUAUUCACGACAAGGCGUUUGAAAACGUGAAGAAACUCACUUAUUUAAAUUUGGCCUUUAAUCUGCUAAAAGCAGUGCCGGUGGCGAUAGAGUCACUUCCAAACCUUGAAAAUUUACGGUUGGACAACAACCAGAUAGCCAUCCUAAAAGCCAAAGGCUUUUCAGGCCUGAAUAAGCUAAAGGAGUUAUCGCUAAACGACAACCAGCUGAUCACAAUAGAGUUGAACGCUUUCCAAGGACUGUCCAAGUUGGAGCGGUUGAACUUGAAAGUCAACUUCCUAAGGACGCUGAACGUUGAUGAUAUCGUGGAUGAUGUCCGCAACUUAAAGGAAAUCAGCUUAAGUGUAAACGACUUUAAAUGCGACUCUCUACGAGAGAUCUUGGACGAAUUCAAGAAAAACGAUGUUCUAGUGACUAAUGGGGUCAGUAGAAAUCGCAAUAGUAUUAACGGUAUCAGCUGUAAAAGUUUAUAAACAACUUGUGGAUGUUAUCAGGGAUGUACUAGUAGUGACGCUCUCGGAUAAACACCAUCAAGUAGCGCAUGUUAAACCCGCAAGGUAUGUCUCGGAAUGAAGAGGAAAAAACAAAUUUAUCUACAAAUGAUAACAACUGUAGAUAUCUAUAUAUAUUGAGAUGCAUUUAA